UGCAGUCACGCGCCACUCCUCCACAAAAACUGAGUAAUUAUCACCCUCACAUAUCAUUUAAAGCCUAAUUAGUUCCUGAACUUACUCCUAAAUUCUGUGAUUUAUCUGAUAAACCUGCGUUAAAGUUUUGAUUAAUCAGUAUUUAUUGGAAGGAAUCCGAAUCGGAUUCUGGAAUCCAAAUUCGUCUUCAUCAUUGCCGGAUCAUCACAGACAGUGAGACAGAUUUGUACAGUAUGCGCGCAUUGAUGCAUAAAUUACUCAAUCAUAGACUGUUUUUUGUUAAUGCCAUCACUGGAUGAGAGUGGCACAUAGAAGAAUUUGAAACGUUCUUGGCUGUUUCUUCACGAAAUGCCUGUAACUGAAACAACAGUCGCAAAUGCUCUGGAUAAUUGCAAUAUAUUCUCUGUUGAAGAGAUAGUCCAGCACCCUUUACCAAGUUAUGGAGUGCCAACUGCAAAGUUUAGCCCCGAUGAUUGUCUCAUAGCGUACUUGUUCAGCCAGGAUCAAACCUUGAACAGAAACUUGUUUGUAUUUGAUAUCAAGAGUGGGAAACAUGAUCUGUUCUUUAGCCCACCAGAUGGUGGUCUCGAUGAAAAUAAUUUAUCUGCUGAGGAAAAGUUGAGAAGGGAGAGGUUAAGAGAGCGAGGCUUGGGAGUAACACGCUAUGAAUGGGUAAAGACAAGCCCAAGGAGAAAAAGACUUAUUGUGCCUAUACCAGCUGGGAUCUAUAGUCAGGAAAAUAAUGACAAGACUCAACUCCUGAUCCCGAGUGCCUCUGGUUCGCCAGUUAUAGACCCACAACUCUCUCCAGAUGGAACCAAACUGGCCUAUGUGAGGGAUAAUGAGCUUCACGUGUCUAACCUUCUGUACAACGUGUCAAAGCAAUUGACUGUGGGCGCUGACAAGAAUGCUAUUACACAUGGCGUUGCUGAGUUCAUUGCACAGGAGGAAAUGGAUCGGAAGAAUGGUUACUGGUGGUCAUUAGAUAGCAAAUUUAUUGCAUUUACCAAGGUUGAUUCAUCAGAAGUACCUCUAUUUAGGAUAGUGCACCAAGGGAAAUGUUUAGUGGGCCCAGAUGCACAGGAAGACCAUGCAUACCCUUUUGCUGGUGGUCCAAAUGUGAAAGUCCGCUUGGGAGUUGUUCCUGCCACUGGUGGACCAGUUAGUUGGAUGGACCUUCUCUGCGGACGAGAGCCAGCAGAAGACGAUGAAUAUUUGGCAAGAGUUAAUUGGAUGCACGGAAACAUUCUUACAGCUCAGGUGUUGAAUAGAACCCAUUCUAAACUGAAGAUCCUCAAGUUUGAUAUCAAAACUGGCCAGAAGGAACUAAUUUUGCAAGAAGAUAGUGAAACUUGGAUCAAUUUGCAUGAUUGUUUCACUCCUUUAGAUAGAUUACCUGGUCGAUCAUCUGGAGGAUUCAUUUGGGCUAGUGAAAGAACGGGAUUCAGACAUUUAUAUUUAUACGAUUCUCAUGGAGUGUGUUUAGGACCUAUUACUCAAGGUGAUUGGAUGGUUGAGCAUGUGGCUGGUGUAAAUGAGGCUACUAAAAUCGUAUAUUUCACUGGAACCUUGGAUAGUCCUUUGGAAUCGCAUCUUUAUCAGAAAGAAUUGUUCCCAGAUGGAAGCCGUUCCAUACAGACUCCUGUAAGAUUAACCCAUGGAAAGGGAAAACAUGUCGUUGUUCUUGAUCAUCAGUUGCAAAGGUUUGUUGAUAUCUAUGAUUGCUUGGGUUCACCUCCCAAAAUCAUGCUAUACUCAUUGCUGGACGGAAGCUUCAUUGCAUCAGUUUAUGAGCAGCCCAUCAACAUUCCCAGGUUUAAGGAACUCGCACUUGUGCCUCCUGAAAUAGUUCAGGUGAAGGCUAAGGAUGGAACCACCUUAUAUGGGGCACUAUAUAAACCCGAUGCUGCAAGAUUUGGACCACCGCCUUACAAGACAAUGGUUCACGUAUAUGGUGGUCCCAGCGUACAGCUAGUCUGUGAUUCUUGGAUAAACACUAUCGACAUGAGAGCUCAGUAUCUCAGUAGUAAAGGCAUAUUAGUUUGGAAGAUGGACAACAGAGUAACUGAUCGACGAGGACUCAAGUUUGCAGCGCUCAAGCACAAAUGCGGUCAGAUUGAUGCUGAGGAUCAACUUACUGGAGCCGAGUGGCUCAUCAAGCAGGGGUUAGCUAAAGAAGGCCACAUUGGACUGUACGGAUGGAGUUAUGGUGGAUAUCUCUCAGCGAUGGCACUCGCAAAAUUCCCCAAAGUAUUCAAAUGUGCAGUUUCCAGUGCUCCUGUGACAUCAUGGGACGGAUAUGACACAUUCUAUACAGAAAAGUACAUGGGAUUGCCCUCUGAAAAUGAAUCAGGCUAUCUACACAGUUCUGUCAUGCAUCACAUUGACAACAUGGAAGGCAAGCUGCUCCUGGUGCACGGGAUGAUCGAUGAAAAUGUGCAUUUCAGGCACACAGCGAGGCUUGUCAACACGCUCGUGGCUGCCAGGAAGCCUUAUGAACUUUUGAUAUUCCUAGACGAGCGCCACAUGCGUCGUGGACUUAGGGACCGUAUUUACAUGGGGGAGAGGAUCUGGGAUUUCAUAGAACGGAGUUUGUAGAUAUAUCUCAUUCAGCAUUUGACUCAGAGAUGAAGCUGCUGUGUUGUCCAGGAAAUUCUGGUUUGUCGAUUCGACCAAGCUCGUUGAAGAUAGAGUGACUUCCUAAACUUUUUGUUUAAACCGAAGUGAAAUGAAAAUCUGGUGGUGUACAUAGUUGAUGAAGUCUUGGAAGAGAAAUUAGUUUCAUUUUAUAUCUCCAAAGACAAGAAACUGAUAAUAAUAGUACUAAAAUAACUGGUGAUCCAAGAAAUUGUAAAGUUGGGCAGUAUGUAACUUGACAAAGACAUGCUACUUGCAGCAUAUUUUUGAGGUCAACUUUUUCGCUAAUGAUAUAGUUACACUUGAUGAA